AACCUUGAUGAAGCUUAAGCCGGUUGUAAUCAAAAAAUCUCACACCUUUUGGCCUUUCGCGUGUAUUUAUUUUUAAACUUUUUGUUGUUUUUUUUUUUUAUAUUGUUGGAAUAAUUCAUCUAUCAUUGUGGUUUGCUGAAUAUUAAGUAGAUAGCUAUUUUAUUAAUUAAAUUAUUUCGAGACUUCAGUCUGACUUAAACUUUUCUCGGUGUCGAAACGGAAUCUUUAUAAACUUUCGCACAAUUUAAAAUAUGAGGAUAACAAUGAUGUUGCCCGAAUUCCUCCUUGGAUUGGCAGCACUUUUAGUCACAAAUGCAAUGGCCGAAUUCAAUCUAAAUGACUUUAAAAUUCCCGAAAUCACUCGAGACAUUCGCUACGAUCAGGAAACAUCCGAGCGUGUUGCCCAAAGUGUUAUGAACUUUGCUCAUAAACUAGCCGUUGCACUUGAUACCGAUGAAUAUCCAAAUACUCAAAUAUUCUCCCCAUUAAGUGUUAUGUCAGCUUUGUCACUCCUCCAAAUGGGUUCAUAUGGCAACAGUUACAAACAACUCAAUCAAAUAUUUGACUCAUUUAAUGGAAAGAAUGAACUAAGUUCAUCAAAGAUUCAUGAAGAAUUCGGUUGGUUAUUGCAAGAUGUUGUCUUACAAUCAGAAACUCCAAAAAGACCACACACUCCGACGAGAUGGAGAUCACUUCCUUUCGAUGCACGUGGUUUUGGUGCAUCAGGAAGGAAAAAACUCGAAGGACAUACAAUUCGAGUUUCGAAUGCACUUUUCGUACAAAAUGGUUUUAGCCUUAAACCAGAUUACGCCUAUGCUGCACAAUCUGUGUAUAAGAGUGAAGUGACACCAUUGGAUUUUAGACGGAGAACAGAAGAUGCCAAGCAUUAUAUAAAUAGCUGGGUCAAUCAGAAUACACUGGGAAAAAUUCCUACCAUUAUUGAUAAUGAACUAGUAAAAGAAACGAAUAUGAUUUUGGCAAGUACAUUGUACUUUAAAGGCUUCUGGGAGCAGGUCUUUUUUGAUGCUGGAAAUUAUCGGCAAAAUUUUUAUCCCGAUGGACCAGAUAGCAUUCCAGUUGGUAUAGUUCUCAUGGCCACUGGAGGUUCUUUCCCAUUUUAUCAUUCCGAAGAAUACAACUGUCGGAUUAUUGGUCUACCCUAUCAGGGAAAUCAAACCACAAUGUACGUCAUUCAACCAAUUGAUUCAACACGAUUAAAACUCCAGCAAUUGCAAAAGGAUUUAACUGGCGAACGCUUAAAUGAGCUUAUUUCAAAAAUGGAAUAUGCAACUGCUACUCUAGCAUUUCCCAAAUUCCAUGUUACAAAUAAAAUCGAGCUGAAAACUCCACUUGAAAAAAUGGGUAUUACAGACAUCUUUGUAAAUGGCUUAGCUGAUCUGGCUUUGAUUGCUGAUCCCGAAGAAAAUUCAGCUGAAGCUAUUGCCAAAGCUUCAGCUUCAUUUUCCAAUCCACCAUGGGGAGCAAUUUACGUUGAAGCUCCUAAGCAUGCGGAAAUCUUAGCUGAAGCUAGUCCAUCUUCAUUAUCAUUUGGCUCACAAAGAUCACCAUUUUCUGGACCAUUAGAUCGUUAUGACGAAGCUCCAUUGAUAUUUUCUCGAUUUAGUGAAGAUUCAUCAAAUGAAACUUCUUCAACAACAGAUAAACUGGAACAAAAAGAUAAGACUAAGGAGGGUGAUUCGAUGGUCAGUACAACGAUGAGCCCAACAGAAAUGCCAACUGAGGUCGAAAAAGUUGAAGAUAUAAAAAAUGACACAGUCCCAUCACGUAAACGUCGCCAAACUGUUCCAGACUCAGCUAUAAGCCUUCAAAGACUUGAUCAAUUACGUUCGAUACCGGGCUUGAAAAGACCUCAUCUCUAUGUUGAUGAAAUCCUUCAUAAAGUUGAUUUCAAUGUGAAUGAACAAGGUACUGAAGCAGCUGCAGCUACUUUGGCAUUGCUGACAAAAUCAGGAAAUACUGUGUCUAUGCGAUGUGAUGCACCUUUUCUUAUACUUGUUCGACAUGAUCCAACAAAAUUGCCACUUUUCUAUGGAAUAAUUAAUAUACCAGAAUAAACUUAAAGGUUUUUAGGGUUGAUUUUCAAGACUCUGUUGAAAGUUAUAUAUGUAAUUGUGUGGCUAUGAAAAGCAUUCGAAAAAGUUGCGAUUACAAUUUGUACUUAACUUUUGUGUUUUAUUGAUUAAGAUUUAAAAUAAAAGACAUUAUUGUGAAAAACUA